AGCAGAUUCUCUCUAUCCUUCAAUUAUUCUCUCUCUCUCUCUCUCUCUCUCUCUCUCUUCGCCACCGUCUAUAUAUACCCCAACUGGAGGCGAUCGUGUGGUCUCCCUUCGGUUCACCUGAAAAGCAUCCAUACACACACGUACCCCUCUCCGUUUUUAGGGUUUUUGGAGAGAGAAAUUAUAGAGAGAGAGAGAGAGGGAGAGACGAUGACGGAGGAGGGUGGAGCUGUGAAGAGGCCGAGAGAAGACGAAGAAAACGGAGUCUCUGUUUCUGUAGAUAUGGAGGACAUCAAUAACAAUAAUAACAGCAAUAAAGAGACCGGUUAUAUAUCUUCUGUUAUACCUGGGUGGUUCUCUGAGAUUAGCCCAAUGUGGCCUGGAGAAGCACAUUCAUUGAAGGUGGAAAAGAUUUUAUUUCAGGGGAAAUCUGAAUACCAGAAUGUCAUGGUCUUUCAGUCUUCGACAUAUGGAAAGGUUCUUGUUUUGGACGGUGUGAUUCAACUGACAGAGAGGGAUGAAUGCGCAUAUCAAGAAAUGAUUACGCAUCUUCCACUGUGUUCGAUUCCUAACCCAAAGAAGGUUUUGGUUAUUGGAGGAGGAGAUGGUGGUGUUUUGCGUGAAGUGUCUCGCCAUUCUUCUGUUGAGCACGUAGAUAUUUGUGAAAUUGAUAAAAUGGUUGUUGAUGUUUCUAAACAAUUUUUCCCUGAUGUUGCUGUUGGAUAUGAGGAUCCCCGUGUAGCACUCCAUAUUGGUGAUGGAGUUGCCUUUUUGAAAGCUGUUCCUGCAGGAACUUAUGAUGCUGUUAUAGUGGACUCUUCUGAUCCAAUUGGUCCCGCACAAGAGCUUUUUGAAAAGCCCUUCUUUGAGUUGGUGGCAAAGGCUCUUCGUCCUGGAGGGGUUUUGUGCACUCAAGCUGAAAGCAUAUGGCUUCACAUGCACAUAAUCGAAGAUAUUGUUGUGAACUGCCGCCAGAUAUUCAAAGGCUCUGUUAACUAUGCAUGGACAACAGUUCCUACAUACCCAAGUGGGGUGAUUGGUUUCAUGCUUUGCUCUACUGAGGGGCCGGCUGUGGAUUUCAAGCAUCCUGUCAACCCAGUAGAUGCUGAUGAGAGCCAUUGCAAAUCAAAAGGGCCCUUAAAGUUCUACAAUAAAGAGAUUCAUGCAGCAGCUUUUUGUUUGCCAUCUUUUGCCAAGAAGGUGAUUGAAUCCAAAUCUAAAUGAGAGAAUUUUUUUGGAGGAUUUGAGGAUCAGGAUUUAACUGUUGUAGAGCUCCCGGCUUUCACCUCACUGAAACGGUCCUUGUAGCGAAGGAUCUAGAAUAAGUUGAGGGUUGAAUUUCAUGCUCUGAGUAGGCCGCCCUGUCUUAUUUUUGGUGAGUUGAUUUAGUUAAUCAUAGUAGGGAUGAUCUCCUUUUUCUUAUGUUUGGUACUUGAAAAAGUGUUUGCUGGUUAGCAUUUAAUUGCAUUGACAGUUAAUUAUUACAAAUAUUUUUUUUAAUA